ACUCCACCUCUGCUCCACAAACGCAAACCUCCAAUUGCGCGCGCAUUCCUCCAUAGUGUCACUGUACACUCCCACGUUAUACGACAGUCAAAAUGGCGACACCACAACCGCCCCUCACGCCGGAGGAUCGCCUCGCGGUCGAACAAAAAGCCCGGUAUGACCGCAUAACGCGCAACCUCGCAAUCGGCGGCGCCAUAAUAUGUCCCCUCAUCGCGCUCAUGCCACCCCGAAAGCUCGACCUCUACACUUUCUCCCUUGGCGUUGGCUUCUAUCUCUCCGCAGACCACCUCGCCCAAUCCUACAACGGGCGCCCGCUCUAUUCACAAUUCUCGCUCGGGUCGCCGAUCAGAGAAUUGCCGACAGAGAAGGCGAAGGAGACGUCGCGAAUACUAAAGGAGCGCGAGGAGCUGGAGCGGAUAAAGCGGGAGGGAUCGACUGGGAAGGAAGUGAGGCGGGGUAUGCUGGGGAGGCUCUGGAUGGGGGAUGAGGAGGAGGGGUGGAAGGAAAGGAGGAUGGAGGAGGAAAAGAAAGCGCUGCAGGAGGGGAAGAGCUAUGGGAGUAUUAUUCUGGAUCAGAUUUGGGAGGUCUGGAACUGGGAUAAGAAAAACAGGGAAGGGCGUGCAGAGGAGAAGAGCGGAGACGCGCCGAAGAAAGAGUAAAGAGCCUGAUUGGAUAAUGAACCAACUGUGUAUGCUAUGGAUCUUGCAUCAUAUGAUGGAUGAAGCACAUGGGAUAUUGUAUUAGGAACCAGACGCUUCGUGUCGGCGCUCAGCAUUCCACCCUUCGAUUCGGCAACCGUGUACCAUCGCAGAGCCACACUCACAGCCAUAAAUGGGUCAACGCCUCCAGAAACAUACUCUGAUACAAUGAUUUUUGAUGCAACAAAUGGCUUAUCACUAUGUCUUCAGCAGCCAGAGCAUGUCUUUCGGAAUUCAC